UUUUUUUACGUAAGUUCUCAUCAUCAGCUGGUUUUUGUAAACCAGUCCUUUCAAGUUUACUGCUAUCUUAUCUCUGAAACGUUUAUAUAGAAUGUUUAUUGAAACUCUUCGUGGAUAACAGAUUUUCUAUAUCUAAGAUUGCUUCAUGCUUCAGAGAAAUAAUAUAUAUUUCUUAUAAAUUUUUUUUUUAUCUUCGUUCUUCAAAACAAUAUAUAUAUAUAACAAUAAGAUGUAAGUUAUUAUUUGCAACAAUACAAAGUUAUUAAUAAAAUCUGUACGAAGAGAAAGGCACCACAAGUCUCGCUUCUACUCGCAAUCACUAAAAGACUUUACGUAAUGCGUACACGCGUUGACUUCCUCUCAAUUCCACUCAAACGUGACCAAUAAUCGUCAAUAAUUCUAUGAGCAAUUGAAGACUGUUGCUAUCCGAUUGAAUAAGAAACGUAAACUAGUGGUACCAGUCGAGUUUACGUCAUUCGACGCAAUAAAAACGACGACCGCCAUUUAUCAGCGCCACACCUAUAAUCUACAGAUCAAUUUUGCAAAUUUAUGCGUAAAACGUAAUCGUAUUUCCCGGCCUGACUGAAAGUCGAAACAAAAAUCUGUUGGAACAACGCGAAGAAUAUCAUUAUAAAAACGAAGACAGUAAUGUUAUUGUUCAACUACAGCCGACGCUGUAGAAGGAAAUAAUCGCAAUCCUAGUUAACAAUCGCAACCUUUAUUCGAGGUGUAAAUUCUUUUUGCAUGUGCGCACUGCGAUGGUCAUUAUCACCUCCCGGCUCAGUCGUUUCUAUCUUUAGUCCCGUGUCGUGUGUUCUCGUAACUCUCGCGCUUCGAAAACUUCCGCAACUUCCGUGACGAAAAGACCGAAAAUGUAAUGUGGAGUUGUUUGAGCAAAAGAAUUCUUCCGUGCGCAACGCGAGAAGACACCGAAUACUUGUGUCUGUUGGGUGCUACAACUUCACGUGAUAGCAAUUACAGAAUCGUGAAAAUUAAGCCUGAAAAUAAUCCAUCGGAAACAUCGUUCGGUAGCAAUCGAAUCAUAUCGCAUAAGUACACAUUAUGGAAUUUUAUUCCAAAGAACCUUUUCGAGCAGUUCCGGCGAAUAGCAAAUUUUUAUUUUCUGCUGACAUCAAUAGUCGCAUUAUCGAUAGAGUCGCCCAUUUCGCCUGUAACUAGCGUCUUGCCCUUAUCGUUCGUAAUCGUGGUAACCGCGUGUAAAAACGGAUACGAGGAUUAUCUACGCUACAAAACGGAUCAACGAGAUAAUCGGAGAUAUGUCACCGUCAUCCGCAAUAAAUGUGCACAGAAAAUAUAUUGCGAACAAAUAGUGGUAGGUGAUCUCGUAAAAGUUCGUCGAGAAGAAGAUGUGCCAUGUGAUAUAGUUCUUCUUUAUAGCGAAUCUCCAGGAUGUUGUUACGUCACGACAUCCAAUCUCGAUGGUGAAACAAACUUAAAGACGUUACUCGUUCCAAAAAUAGUCUCGAACAUGUCGCUUGAAAAUAUCGUAGCUAUGAAAGCGAAGAUUACAUGCGAAAACCCGAAGCCCAAUCUUUACGACUUCCACGGCAAACUUGAGAUUAAAAAUAGCGGCGAAGCAAUAAGCGGACACUUAACGAUAGAGAAUCUGUUGCUUCGGGGCUCGAGACUGAAAGACACCGAGCACGUGGUCGGUUGCGUAAUCUACACCGGUCAAGACACAAAGCUGUCGCUCAAUUCGAAGAUAGUCAGCAAUAAAUUCUCUAUUGCAGAGAAAUCUAUCAAUAAGUAUCUUAUUGUGUACAUGGCGAUACUGUUUUUUGAAGUGAUCAUAUCCUCUUUGUUGAAGCUGUACUUCGAUUUACUCAAUAUGUGGGGCAGUUAUCUUGGUCCGCGACCUAAAAUCAGCAUGUUUUCGUUCUUUAGUGAUUGUCUAAGUUUUUGUAUCCUGUUUAAUUAUAUCGUGCCGAUAUCACUGUACGUCACCGUCGAAUUGCAAAAGUUCCUCGGCUCUUUCUUCUUCGGCUGGGACUUGGACAUGUACGACGCGGCCAACGAUCAGCCGGCGCUUGCCAACACGUCGGAUCUGAACGAGGAACUCGGCCAGGUUCAGUAUUUAUUUACCGAUAAGACCGGGACGCUCACUGAAAAUCUGAUGGUGUUCAGGCGGUGCUCGAUCGACGGGACUGUCUACAUGGAAAAAGACUGCGACGGAAAUCUUUACGAACUGCCGUCGAGCGGAAACGAGGAGGAGGCUGUCAAACUGACGUCCUGGCAGAAGGAGAUUUGGCAUUUCUUGAUAAGCAUCUCGUUGUGCCAUGUGGUCCAAAUAGCGCCGCCGAGCCACCGUCCCGAAAUCGUAGCCCUACGCACGUCGUUUCGCGAGAGCUUCAGAUUAAAGAAGAUCACAAGAGUCAACAGUUCGCUGAUGAUGCAUCCGGAUUUACCGGAAUAUCAGGCAGCAUCGGCAGACGAGAAGGCGUUGGUAGAGGCGAGCGCCAGAUGCGGUGUUAUUCUCAAAAAGAAUUCUAGCGAGGAGAUGAAAAUUCAAAUCAACAAGAGCGAGCUGACUUUCAAGAAGUUGGAAAUAUUAGAGUUCAGCUCUGAUCGAAAGAGAAUGUCGGUAAUAGUAAAAGAUUCGGAGGGCGACAUCUGGCUGUAUUGCAAAGGCGCAGAUUCGUCUGUUAUUCCGCUGAUCGUCGAGGGAAAGAUUCAAGAAGCUAAAGCUCAAGUCGCCGACUUCUCUAUGAGAGGUCUGCGAACUCUCGUGGUAGCGUACAAAAAGAUGAACGAGUCCGAGUAUGAAGAACUAUUGCAAAACAUCGAGCAGGCCAGGCAGAUAAUUAGCGCCGAGAGAGCUCAGCACGUGAUGCGUGCUUACAAUCUCAUGGAAAGCGGACUCACUUUGCUCGGAGUAACCGCGGUGGAAGAUCGUCUACAGGAUAACGUACAGGAAACGUUGGAAUGCUUGCGAGUCGCCGGUAUAAAAAUAUGGAUGCUCACCGGGGACAAAGCGGAGACCGCGGAGAACAUCGCGUUUCACUGCGGCCACUUCAAACCGGGUACCGAAGUCCUGAGACUGAUGAACGAAACUUCGGUGCAAUGCUGCUACGCCACACUUAUGUCUUUCGAACGAAAGGUGAAACUGGAACCGUACAAGCAAUACGGACUGAUAAUAGAUGGUACGAGCAUGCACGCGGUGAUAAACGACAAGUGCCGGAACUUAUUCAGAUCCGUCGGAAUAGCUUGCGAAGCGGUCGUUUGUUGCAGACUGACGCCUCUGCAGAAGAGAGAUAUUGUGCGUUUAAUAAAGACAUCCCGGAGUCGUCCGCACACAGCAGCCAUUGGCGACGGCGGUAACGAUGUCUCGAUGAUACAAGAGGCGCACGUAGGUAUCGGAAUAUUGGGAAAAGAGGGUCGCCAGGCGUCGAUAACUGCCGACUUCGCCUUUACAAAAUUUAUGUAUCUGAAGAAAGCGCUGCUGGUGCACGGUCACUGGUAUUAUCUGCGUAUCAGUACACUGAUGCAAUAUUUUUUCUACAAAAACGUCGUGUUCAUAACGCCGCAGAUGUUAUACGGCAUACAAAGUGGUUUCUCCACGCAGGAACUUUACGACGGUGUAUUUCUAAUGUGUUUCAAUUUCGUGUUCACAUCGCUUCCAAUACUGCUCUACGGUCUGUUGGAGCAGAAUUACAGCGCGGGCAAGCUCAUGCGUUAUCCGUACUUGUACAAACUUAACGUAAAUAAUUAUUUAUUGUCAAAGAAGCAGUUCAUGAUGUGGUUUCUGUUAGGACUAUGGCAUACGCUUGUAACGUAUUUUAUGGUAUUUAUCAUGUCGAGUCUUAAUCCAACGUUUUUUUACGACAACACGCCAGUUGGACAAUGGGCAUUUAGCACUUGUAUCUUUCACAUAGUUACUUUACUGGCAAGUGUUCAGAUACUACUGCGUAGUUUAUACUGGACCAUUCCGCUUGUUACGAGCGUAGUGCUAUCGGAAGUAGCAUUUUUCAUAAUAGCUAUUGGUUAUUCGUUCGUACCAAUAAGAUAUGACGGCGAUAUGUUUGGAGUCUUUGAAAGAUUGGCGAUGUCGCCUUCGUUCUGGCUGCUCACUGUAGUCGUCGUUGUUACUUGCUUGAUACCCGAUUAUUUAUUCCUGAUGGUCAAUUCUUACAGACCGAUGAAAAUUCUUCGAAGAAACGAAGAACUUCCACAAAUCGUCAGCGAAGACGGUAGCGAAUCUAGUUCUUCGUAUAAGAGCAUACUUCCGUGGAGAGGUGGCAUGCGGUUGCAGAGAGACGACUAAAAUUUUGUACAAAGGAACCGGCGCUUUCUCGAACUUCGUUGCUGUUGAGUGAAUGAAACCAUCUAUGACGAUUUUUUAUUUACAAUAAAGUAAUGAAAGUAAAUAGACACUUUAUAUUAAACAGAGAAUAUAGAUAUAAAGAAGAGAUAUGUAAUUUAUAUUUUAAAAAUUAUAAAUAAUUUCUUUUGUACGCGUAUUUUCUACAGAAAUAAAACUGCAUUU